GGACAAUUGUAACUGACGGACAUGGGCCUCUUCUCCAAGAGCAAAGGGCAACAAGCCCAGGGGCAGCAGCCUCAGGCCUCGCGGAGCUCUACCGUGCAGCAGCCCGCAACCCCAAUGUUGGAACAUCCCGGAGGUGCUUUCCAACAAGCGCCGCAACAUUUUUCUCCAGCACAAUACCAACAACAUCUUUUCCAUCAGCAACCCCAAUACCAAUACCUGCAGCCACAACCGCUACAACAUCCUCAGUCGCAACACUCCAUCCCGUCAGCUCAGAACACCCUUCCGCAGCAGCACAUGUCGCCUCGCAAGCAGCCACCCAGUACUUCAGGCGCCAUUGCUGGCAGCGGCAGCGGUGGUGGCGCCACUACAGGCCCCGCCACAGCGGCCGCAGCCGCUAACAACAGCAGGGCUCUUCUCUACCAAGCAGUGAAGCAGGCGGCGGACGCGGGGAAGCCCCUAACGCUCGACUUUGUCGCACAAAUGCAACCCGUCAAUAGUCCGAUCAACCAACCAUACGGCACGGUUGGUACCACCCCAACCACCAACGACUUCAUCCUAACUGCCAACCACCACCUUCAACAACCGUACGGCAUUCACAUGCCUCAGCAGUACAACCUCCAGUUGGUACUGGACGCUGCUCCCCAGCAGCAGGCGGCGAACACCCGAGGUGGUGCCCCCCGCGUCCCUCCACUGCCUGACCUGCAGGGCGACUCACCCGCGGAGCUGCAGGGGUUCCGGGAGCAGUGCGCGGCAGGUGUACGGCAGGCGGUGGGUAUGGUGGGCGCCCUGGAGCACCAGCUGGCGUGGGAGCGAGCCAGGAGGCAGCAGGCCGAAGAGGACUGCAAGGUGCUGCUGGCUGCCGUGCAUGCGGAGCGGGGGCUGGGGGAGGCGCUGCAGGCGGGGGCGGAGGAGCGGCGGAGGGAGGCGGAGGCGGCAGCGGGAGGGCGGCUGACGCUGGCAGCGGAGGAGCUACCGCAGGCCAACGAUGCCGCCACCACCAUACAGAAGCACGUGAGGGGGCGUCUGGCGCGGAAGGAGUUCGAGUCCCAGCUGCGUGACAUUCUUCGCGCCGUGGACCCGCAGCUCGACCCCGCCGCACUGCCGCCCGCAGCACAGGCGCACAUCAGCCACGCCAGCACCGCCGCUGCCGCCACUGCGGGCGGGAGUGGGGGCAGAGGGCGGGUGGGGCUGCGGGCGGCGCCGGGGCUGUCGGGCGCGGAGGGCCCGGCGGCGCAGGCGGAGGUGCAGGCGGAGCGGUACCGGCGGGAGGUGGAGCGCAUCGGUAUGCGGCUGGCGGCGCAUGCGGACGCGGGGCUGCCGGGUGAUGCCGCCUCCUCCGCUGCUCCCGACCCGCUGCAAGGGGAUGUGAAGCAGCUGCUGGGGGGGUCCUACCCGGCUAGCAGCGCGCAGGUGAUUGCAACACUAGUUCGGCGGUGCCGGCAGCUGCAGGGGGCACUGCUGGCGGCGGUGGGGGAGCUGCAGGAGGCGCAACUCACCAUACAGGGCCUCAAGGAAUCCAACGCCAAGGUUUCGGAGCUGAGUGCCGUACGGGCCGACCUGGAGGCGGCCCGCGGCGACAACGUACGGCUGGCCGCCACCGUGGCCCGACUGCAGGCGGUGCUGGCGGCCGCGUCCCAGCAGCAGCAGCAGCAGCAGGCGGCUGAGAACCCCUACGUGGCCGCAUGGUACCGCAGAGCGUAUGCGGACAGCGAGUGGCAAACAGUGGCGCCGUCCCCCCCGGCCGGCAGGGUGGCUCCCAUGGACGGCCCCGACAGCCGGGUGGAGAUGUGGGACGAGCUGCGGGCGGCGGUGCCGGAGCCGGUGCUGGUGCCGCGACUGGCGCCGCCCGGCAGCGCCCCCUACCGGGACCUUCUGGCGCUGCAGCAGGACCUGGAGUCCACCGCGACCCAGGGCCCCCCCGACCCGCUCUACACCAUGCCGGUUCCCGACCGCUCCGCCUUCCGCUACGAGCGGGACACGCCCCUGGUGGCGCUGCAGUCGGCCGCACCGCUCAUUCGGGAGGGCGCGCUGCAGCUCCGGACACCCCUGGCGCAGGUCCCUCCCAGCGACACGCCUCGAGGUCCGCACACGCCUCCCCCUCCUCCUCCUCCAGCAGCCGCUCCCAGCGCACCCGCCACCACAGCAGCUGCUGCCGGAGGAGCUCCGGUCGGGUCGCACCACUCCUCACCUGGGGACCUGCUGCCCUCCGUCGAGUACCCUGCAGCCGCCCCUCCUGCCCCUCCUGCUCACGCUGCGGGCGAGAUCCAAGGGCUUCACGGCCAGCCAGGCAGCAGCAGCAGCAGCGGCCUCUUCUAUAAUCGGGACACGCCGGUGGUACCCGUGUACAGUGUGUUGCCCCUGAUACGGGAGGAAGAGUACGUUCGGCGCUCCGCCUCACCCUCCGGCCUCCCUCAAGCCCCGCCGUCGCCCUCACCGACCCAGCCGUACAGCCCUCAACCCCCCUCUGCUGCCGUACCACCGCCCGGCACCAUGCACCCGCAAGGCCCCCUCCCGCCGAGCGCAGUGGUCGCUGCUGCUGCGGCGGCGGUGGUGGUGCCGCUGAGCGGUGGGGCUCAGUAGGGAAGGAGGCUCCCGGCACACCCGGCUGCUGCUGCGGCGGCGGCGGCGGCGCCUGCUGCGGCGCCUGCUGCGGCGGCGGCGGCUGCUGCGGCUUAUGAUAAUGGUUGAUGGUGCUGGCAGUCCGCCUUUGUAGUGACGAUUGGAGGCAGCGGCGGCAUGAGGACAGCGCGAAGUGGUUAGAAGUGCUGGUGCUGCUAGGUAAUGUGGUGAAACAGAACUGCUGGGUACCACAAAGGCGGCACCGGAAAAUAGAGAUACGUGCAGCAGGGCUGCAUGCGUACCGGUACACUGUGAGGAGCAGGUGUCCGUGGUUGGUGGGCCGUGGCGAGCUGGGCCGUGAUGCAGGAGUGCGUGAGUGUGUGGGUGUACAUUUCAAUAGUGCUUUUACCCAACUGUGUAGUAACUUGUGCAGUGUGUUACAUCGCGGUAAUAAGUAGUGUGAUACCGCAGGAGGGAAUGAUUAUCGGCUGGGACGCACCAGAGGAAAGGACACGAGAGAGAGCAUUGCCGAGGAGGUUGACAGUUACAGUUAGGCUUACAGUUCGUGCACGUGCACAGUGUGACCAUACGCGCCAGUUGGGCCAAGCUAAGCUAAGCUAAGCUUAGUCUGGGUCAGGGCCCCUCACCAGCCGCCGCCACUGGGAGGCUGCUGUGUAGGUUGUUCCUGAUAGACAUGCGGACCUUCAACACACAGUCAAGGCACCAUCGCUAGCCAAAACCUUGGACGUGCAGUGUUCAGGAACUGGACCAAGCCCUUACACGAG